UUUUUAUUUUAUUUUUUAGACUAACAUUAUAUAAGUGUAAACAUGAUACAUCAUAUCUAAACUUCAACUCUCACCAUUUGCUUUUUUAUAACAAAAUAGUAAUUAAAUUAAUAAUCUUGGAUCUAUACCGACCACUUACUCUUCUAUAAGGAGUUGACUUUUCUGUCUAUCAAAAGGCCUCAAAGCAAUCCCCAAAAGACCACAUUUUUGUCUCCAUCAUUAACUUAUAAUUACAAAAUCACAACCAAACCAACAUCAUAAAAUCAUAAUCAGAAUCUCUUCAUUCAUCAAAGAAUCUUAAAAAUGGUGAGAGAAAGAAGAAAGACGGAGAAAGUAGAAGAGAAACGAGAACAAGAAGUUGUAGAUCAAGAAGAGAAGGUGAAGCCGAGGCAAAGAAGCGUGAGCAGAAGAAACAUGCAAUCUCUGGUCAUCGGACUCGUUGGAGGUGCGUUAACCCUCGGUGCUUAUUCUCAGACAUAUGUUGAUCCGGGCAAGUCUAUUGGCGCUGGCCUCUUUGUCCUCUUCUUUGGCUUGCUUGUCAGUGAAGGUUUCAUCUCUCUUUAAAUAACAAUAUUUCUGUAUAAGCAAAUCAAACCUUCUUCUUUUGUUUAUGUAUAUGACAAAUAUACAUAUCUAUGAGCAUCUUGUUUCAUUUAUAUUUUAUUUCACUUGUUGGAUCUUGGACUUUUGAUUAAAGUGACGAACACUAUAUUGUUUUUACGGAUUAUUGUUUAUUUUUGGCUUGUAAGAAUAUGUUUUGAUCUUUGAUACAAAUUUGAAAGAAAAGGAUGCAACAAUGUAAUUUUGAUCCUUGAUAAUAUGUAUGUCACGCAAGUAAUAUGAACGGAAUGAUACUCUUCAACAUAUUGGGC